AUUGCGUACACCACCAUGGACGACGGCGAGAUCGACCCGUUGGACGCGUUCAUGGCGGGUAUUGAGGCCCAAGUCGUCCAGGAACGAACGGUCCACCGAGCUCCAGCUGUAAUGGAGCGAUGCUCCUUUGAAGAAGAAGUCAAGGAAUCCAAAAUAGCGAUUGGGAAGGCAGCCACGGCCACAGAUCCACAACCUACCCAAGUAUUCGAGGAAGACGUCGAGGAAUGGAACCGUGUAAACAAGAACCAAGACAUGGAAGAGCUGGCCCCACUGGAUCACUCCACCGUGUCCUACGAAUCCUUUCGGAAAGUGUUUUACAAGCCUACUACGACCCACACUGCCAGCGAAGUUAGCCAGCUUCGGCGGGAGCUCGACACCCGCGUGGAGCUGCGACCUGGGGAUGCCGACGUCGCGCCUAUCCAAUCGUUCAUGCAGGCCGGCUUCAGUCGACAGAUCCUGGCACUGCUCAUGAAGCAUGGACUGGAAGCUCCCACACCCAUCCAGUCUCAAGCGUUUCCAUUGGCUAUGUCUGGCCGCGACAUCAUCGGAAUCGCUCAAACCGGGUCAGGCAAAACCCUCGCGUUCCUCUUGCCCAUGAUGGUACACAUCAUGGACCAGCGCUUCCUGGAGAAAGACGAAGGCCCGAUCGCCGUGAUCUUGUCGCCGACGCGCGAAUUGGCGCACCAGAUCUACAUCGAGGCCAAGAAGUUCAGCAUGGACGCCAACUGCGCCGCUAUUUACGGCGGCGCGGGCAACAAAUGGGACCAAAUCCAGUCGAUUCGAAAGGGCUCGGAGAUCGUCGUGGCGACCCCCGGGCGGCUGAUGGAGCACUUGCGGAAGCGCGUCAUCAAAAACUUGCACCGUGUCACAUAUGUCGUGCUGGACGAGGCCGACCGCAUGUUUGAAAUGGGUUUUGAAUCGCAACUACGUUCAAUCUUGGGCCAGAUUCGACCCGACCGACAGACGCUGCUGUUUUCAGCGACGUUUCGCCGCCGGAUCGAAAUGCUGGCCCGCGAUGUGCUGACCAACCCCGUCAAGAUCAUCGUGGGCACCGUCGGGCAAGCCAACGACGAGAUCAAGCAAGUGGCCGUCGUGUUACCAACGAAAGAAGCCAAGUGGAAUUGGCUCCUGCACACGCUGCCCGAGUUGACAGAGGAAGGAAAACUCCUGAUCUUCAUCGGCAGCAAGGCGGGCGUGGACCAACUGGCGGCGAGUCUCAACGGCCUCGGCGACGUGUAUCCGUGCGUGUCGCUCCACGGGGACAAAUCCCAAUUUGACCGCGCCGACGCGCUACGACGGUUCAAGUCUGGGAAGUGUCCCAUCUUGGUCGCCACCGACGUGGCAGCGCGGGGCCUCGACAUCAAGGACGUCAAGAACGUCGUCAACUACGAAGUGGCCAAGAACAUCGACACGCAUGUCCACCGCAUCGGGCGCACCGGCCGCAUGGGCGUCGACGGCGUGUCCCCCGGCACAGCGUACACUGUACUCACACCCAAAGACUACGAGUUUGCCGGUCACUUGGUCAACAACAUGGACUUGUCCAACCAACCGGUGUCGUCUGAGCUCUUGGCAGUCGCCGCCAAGUCGCCGCACUUUCAGCGCAGACACCCCCAUGGACCCCCGCUUUCAACUUGCGCCUCAUCCGCUCCAUUGUCGUCAUCGACUUUUUCAAGACGGGAUGACCUCGACGCCAUCGACUUGGACGAACGCGAAUCAUCUUCAGGAUUUUUCCAUACGCAAAAGCCCAAGUCGAAAAAGGAACAGCGCCAGGGCCUCGGGUUUGGAAGUACGCAGCCUCUUCGAUCGCAGCAGCCUCAGACGACGACACUGAUGGGGUUCGUGGCAGCAACUUCAGCACCCCCCCCACCCCCCCCACGUCCUCGACAUGCCGACCCGCAGCACCGGAUGACGUUUGUCAAGUCGUCGGCUCCGAUCCGGAAAAGCCGCUGGGACAAAGUAGACGAGCAAGGGCCGACGCCCGCGAAAAAGAGUCGAUGGGACAGGAAUUGA